AUCGUACAGAGAAAAGCUAUGGCGGGCGAGUUGGGCUUGAAUGAGCAUCACACGGCCACUGUCAUCAACUACCUGAGAUUCGAUCGUUUCAAACGCGAUCAGAGACUGAAGGUCGUCGAUGGAGCAUUCGAAGAGUUGAAAGACAGCAGAUUAAGCACAGACGAGACCUUCACAGCAGAUGAAGUGAUCAGCAUGCUGGAUGGUCUGUGUGCUGUUGUGAAAGGAGACAUGGAGUCGGAGCUGAUCAACACGGCUCACACAAACGUCCUCCUACUGCAUCAGAUGUUUGAACAGGCAGAAACGUGGAGACUGAAACUAAACGCUGACGUUUCUCAGCUAGAAAAUAAGGAAUUGAUUGACAAGGUCGCGUUAAUGGAAGAAAAGCAUUUCUCAUCAUCAGCUUCUGUCUCUAAGACUUCUUUGGCUGAGAAGAAGAGGCUGCAGCCACUUAAUGAAGAAGGUGGCACUGCUCUAUUGCAUAUGGAGAUAGAGAGAAUGAAGGAAGAGAAUGAGCGGCUUAGAGCUAGAAUACAGACAGCAGAAUCAAAGGCUACUGAAGCACUGACAGAGAAAAGCCAAUUGAAGAGUCAAUUGGAUGAUACAAGACAAAGUCUGGAGAAAGCAAAGAUCUCAGAAAAACAGACUGCUGAUCAAUUGGCUCAUUUGGAGACAAAGAGCAGUUCAACAUCCAACCAACUUCCAUCCAAGGGAGUUGACAGUCAAGUGGUGAAGGCACUCGAAGACCAACUGACACAAACAAAACACGAACUACUGGCUGCUAAGGCUGAAGUAGAAACGACAAAAGAGGAGCUGGACAAGAAAGUCUCCGAGACGAGUCAGUUUUCCAACAUGAAGAAAAUGCUUAGCAAGAAGAACGACCAGCUAAAGGAGCUGCGGACGCGACUAAAAAAGUAUGAACCAAAUGCAGUCGACUGACGACAUCAAUGGUCAAGGUGUGGUACACAACCAGACUGUCAUGAACUGGACGUUCUAUGAACCUUUAAUCAAGUUUGAGUGUAAGUCUCAGGCCUUUGUGAGUAGAGAUGUCUC